ACCAGUCCAGCUCUCCGCCUCACUGACAGAUACAGGCUUGAUGACCCAAGCUUAGCGUUAAAACUAGAAGACCAAGUUACGCCGAAGAGAAAAUAUAUUUGCUUUAAAGCCCAAAUAACAAACACAAAACACAAGGUAAAUACGGGCGCAGGGGCUGUGGACAUAUUGCAGCCCAAAUUAAGGUCCGUGUGUGUAAGUCUCUGUCUCUCUGCAAUGUUCUCCUGCCGCUCUCGCCUGCUUCUGCUGCUCAGUAUCUGCAGCCUGACUGCUCCCUCACUGGCUCUGCCCUUUGAGCAGAGAGGAUUCUGGGACUUUGCUUUGGAUGGAGAAGUGGGAGAUCUGACAACGGUGAUGAUGAGAGAUGAAGAGGGUUCAGCUGUAGAGGAGCUGCCACCAGAUGUGUUCUCAUGCCCCUUUGGUUGCCAUUGUCAGCUCAAUGUGGUGCAGUGCUCAGACCUAAGUUUGACUGCAGUGCCCAAGGAAAUUCCCAGAGACACCAAACUCCUGGACCUACAGAACAACCGCAUCACAGAACUGAAGGAGAAUGACUUCAAAGGACUUACAGACCUCUAUGCUCUGUCACUGGUCAACAACAAGAUCUCCAAAGUCCACCCGCGAGCCUUCGCACCCCUCCUACGCUUAAAAAAGCUUUAUUUUUCCCGUAACCUCCUGACGGUGAUGCCCAAGAACCUUCCCCCAUCCCUGGUGGAGCUGCGCAUUCAUGACAACCAUAUUAAGAAGGUUGCAGAAGGAACGUUCUCUGGUCUGGGCAGCAUGAACUGCAUUGAGAUGGGCGGAAACCCUAUUCAGAACAGCGGCUUUGAGCCUGGCGCUUUUAAAGGCCUGAAACUCAACUACCUGCGCAUCUCUGAGUCCAAACUAACUGGAAUUCCAAAAGACCUCCCUGACAGCCUUCAUGAGCUCCACUUGGACAAUAACCAGAUCCAAGCUAUUCAACUGGAGGACCUGAGCCGCUAUAAACACCUGUACAGAUUGGGCCUGGGUUUCAACCACAUCCGGAUGAUUGAGAAUGGCAGCCUAUCAUAUGUACCUAAUCUCAGGGAGCUGCAUCUGGAAAACAACCGGCUGAACCGCAUCCCCAUGGGUCUGCCAGACAUGAAGUACCUGCAGGUGGUCUACCUUCAUUCCAACAACAUAAAUCGAGUGGAUGUUAAUGACUUCUGCCCUCGAGGUUUCGGCAUGAAGAGGAGCUUCUAUAAUGGCAUUAGCCUCUAUGGCAACCCGGUUAACUACUGGGAGGUGCAGCCUGCCACCUUUCGCUGCAUUGGUGACCGAUUGGCCAUUCAUUUCGGAAACUAUAAGAAAUAGAGAAUGGAUGAAAAGAGAGAUUUGUGGACAAAUACCAAUGCUGGAAUUGAAACAGAACAGAAAAACUUGGAGAAAGUGGGCCAAAAUGGUGUUAACAAACAAUGUUUGCAAAUCAUUCUUAUUAUGUAUCUUUGGAUGUAUUUGUUAAUGAUGUCUAAAGUUCACACCAAGGAUGCCAACAAUAAUGAUAAAGAUAUCGUUUUAAAAAUUAAAUGACAUUUUAAGAAUAAAAUCAAAAGAAUAGUACAGUCCAAACCACAACAGUAACGGAUUGAUAACAGUCAAUCAGAAUCAACAUUAUAAAGAGAUCAAGCAUUUAAAGGGGCAGACAACGAAACUGCAGAAUGCUUUUAAAGGAACACUCCACUUU